AGGUUUAGUAUCAGUCCAGGGAAACUAAUCUGUAGAACUGACCUGUUCAUCACUAUGAAGGUGACUGCUCUGAUCCUUCUCUUGGGAAUAUCCAGCACAGCUGGAGCCCUUCAGUGUCAAACCUGCACAGAUCAGACGUGUUCAACCACAGUAGCAAAAACAUGUUCUUCAGAGACCAUGUGUGUUACAGCUACUAUUUUAGCUACCUCAUCUGGAACUACGGCAAUACAAAUCUACAAGGCAUGUGCAUCUUCCUCCCUGUGUCCAACUACCUGCUCUCAGACAUUUUCAGUUGACCUGGGUGUUCAAAGUGCUCUUGCAUCUGCCACGUGCUGCAAAACGAAUAACUGCAACUCAGCAACUCUGGCUGCCCCUACUCCUCAGUCAAGUAACGGCCUACUAUGUAACUCUUGUUCCACCUCUCAGUGCAACACACCAUUGCAAUGUCAGGGAGUGGAGGACCAAUGCUUUCAAUCAAUGAUGAACGAUGGCACCAACGAUUUUCCAGCUUACGGCUGUGCAUCCAGCAACCUGUGUGCAGCUGCUUCAAGCCUGGGUUCUCUACCUUUCAUGCAGAGUGUUGGUACCAUAAAAAUUGGACCAACCUGUACUUUACCCACAACAACUGCAGCACCAACCACAACCACAGCUGCUCCAACAACAACAACCGCUCCAACUACAACCACUGUGGCACCAACCACCACCACAGCUGCUCCAGCAACAACGUCUGCUGCUCCAACAACGACAACAGCUGCACCAACAACGACAACAGCUGCUCCAACCACAACCACCGCUGCUCCAACUAUAACCACUGCAGCACAAACCACAACAACGGUGGCACCAACAACCACAACUGCUGCUCCAACAAAAACAACAGCUGCUCCAACCACAACCACUGCAGCACCAACCACAACAACAGUUGCAGGAGCAACAACAACUGCUGCUCCAACAACAACAACAACUGCUCAAACCACAACAACG